AGCCCUCACCACGACAACCUCCUCAUCGCGGCAGAACCGUCAAGAUGGCCAAGUCCAAGAACUCGUCUCAACACAACCAGAGCAAGAAGGCUCACCGUAACGGUAUCAAGAAGCCCAAGACCUACCGUUACCCAUCCUUGAAGGGAACCGACCCCAAGUUCCGACGCAACCACAGACAUGCUCUCCACGGCACCAUGAAGGCUUUGAAGGAGCGCAAGGAAGGAAAGCGAGAGGUCGCCUAAAUAGAAGUCAGAGGGGAGAAAACGAAAAAAUGAACAAUGAAAAAAAUGCAUUCCAUCUUGAUUUAUUCGGCGAAAGACCUUGUGUGAUAAUGAUAUGUCAUGAUUUGUCAAAUAGACACGACAAUUCGACUUGCCGGAGAUGACGAGGCUCAACAAACUUGU